CACAGUCUCUUACCAAAUAUCCCAUUUCCCGUCACCUCAGUGGCUAAUUGGUAGCCUAUAGACAAUCAGCUGCACCGAAACCCCGCUCUUCUUCCCCCAUCACAGGCUAUAACCCACCUGGCUCCCCUCUUGUCCUUCCCCUGAGCCUGAUUCGGACCCUGAUCCCCCAGGGAAAAAAGGAAGUAUAUAGUUUCUGAUGCAGCUGAAUAGUUAAGAAACCAAGAAAUAGGAUGAUUUUUCUAAAUCCAGUAUUCAUCACCUUCUAUCUUUCCUUGAUCUUAAUAACCCCUUUAUCUUCAUCCGAAGUCUCAAUCUCUGCAACCCCAAAAACAGUUCCCAAAUCAGGAGAUAAUGUCACGAUCCAAUGGUCCGGAGUUGACUCGCCAUCCAAGCUCGAUUGGCUCGGCAUUUACUCCCCACCCAACUCCUCCCACAGCGACUUCAUCGGUUACUUUUUCUUGUCUUCCUCACCCGGAUGGAAAUCUGGGUCAGGCUCCAUUUCCUUUCCUUUGAUCAAUCUCCGCUCCCAAUACCAGUUCAGGAUUUUCCGAUGGUACGAGUCCGAAGUCAAUCCGAAACAUAAGGAUCACGACCAGAAUCCCUUACCCGGGACGAAGCAUUUGUUGGCGGAGUCUGAAGGAAUCGGGUUUGAACCGGCUCGGGGUCCGGAGCAGAUUCACUUGGCUUAUACGGGUAAGGAAGAUGAGAUGCGGGUCAUGUUUGUGACCUCGGAUGGGAAAGAGAGUACUGUGAAGUACGGGUUGAACCGCGAGAAUAUGGAUCAGGUUGUGGGUACUCGGGUCGUGAGGUAUGAGAGGGAAGAUAUGUGUGAUGCUCCAGCUAAUGAUAGUGUGGGGUGGAGGGACCCCGGAUUAAUUCAUGAUGGGGUUAUGGUAAAUUUGAGGAAGGGAAAGAGAUAUUUUUAUCAGGUUGGCAGUGAUUCUGGUGGUUGGAGCAUGACCAACAGCUUUGUGUCACAAGACGGUGACUCAAAUGAAGUUGUAGCUUUCUUAUUUGGAGAUAUGGGAACUGCAACACCAUACUCGACUUUUCACCGAACGCAGCAGGAAAGCAUAUCAACCAUCAAGUGGAUCAGCCGUGAUAUUGAAGCUCUUGGAGACAAGCCUGCUUUGAUCUCCCAUAUUGGAGACAUCAGCUAUGCAAGGGGCUAUGCUUGGUUGUGGGACAACUUUUUCACACAGAUUGAACCUGUUGCAUCUCAACUCCCAUAUCAUGUAUGCAUUGGUAACCAUGAAUAUGAUUGGCCAUUACAGCCUUGGAGACCUGACUGGUCCUACUCAAUAUAUGGAAAAGAUGGAGGUGGUGAAUGUGGGGUACCCUACAGCCUUAGAUUUAUCAUGCCUGGAAAUUCUUCAGAGCCAACAGGAACACGUGCACCAGCCACUAGGAAUCUUUACUUUUCUUUUGAUUUGGGGCCAGUUCAUUUUUUAUAUUUUUCAACCGAAACCAAUUUCCUUCAAGGCAGUAAGCAAUAUGAGUUUUUGAAGCAGGACCUGGAAUCGGUUGAUAGAAAAAAAACCCCCUUUGUAGUUGUCCAAGGACACAGGCCAAUGUAUACCACAAGCAAUGAAAUCAGAGAUGCCCCUAUAAGGAUGAAAAUGCUUGAGCACUUGGAACCUCUUUUUGUGAAGAACAAGGUGACUCUUGCAUUGUGGGGCCAUGUACAUAGAUAUGAGAGAUUCUGUCCAUUAAACAACUUCACUUGUGGAAGCCUGGGAAUGAAUGGACAAGGGUGGGAGGCAUACCCUGUGCACAUUGUGAUAGGUAUGGCAGGCCAAGAUUGGCAACCAAUAUGGGAACCAAGACCAGAGCACCCCGAUGUUCCAGUAUUUCCACAGCCAGCACGCUCUUUGUACCGAGGUGGUGAGUUUGGUUACACUAGGCUUGUCGCUACAAAGGAGAAACUUACAUUUUCCUAUAUAGGGAACCAUGAUGGGGAGGUGCAUGACAUGGUGGAGAUCAUGGCUUCAGGUCAAGUUCUCAACGGUGGAGGUGGUAGUGGUGCUGAGUCCAGUAAAGUUCUGGAAUCUACAUUUUCGUGGUACGUGAAGGUUGGCAGCUUAUUGCUUCUAGGAGCUUUUAUUGGUUAUGUUUUUGGGUUUGUAUCACAUUAUAGGAGAGACACUGCUUCAGGGGCAAAUUGGACUCCUGUAAAGAAUGAGGAAAUCUAAUCCAGAUAUCCUUAGUGCAUACAGAAGUUGCUCCAGGUUAACCUGUCUCGACAUGGACAACUUUGGCCAUAGUCACAGCAUGUGCACACUAUAUUAACAAUGCUCCACUGGUAAAUCUAACAUCUACUGUAUCAUAGCUGUCUGUUUAGAUCAUAUCGGAUUCUAUGGUGAGGCUUGUAAAUAUACGGUUGUGGUGUAUGCUUCUGUAGGUAAUGUGAUAUCAUGGAAGGUGAUUUCCGAGAAGGAAUCUCUUACUGGUGAUGUAAGCUUAAGAUUAUUGGCCUAAAGUAAUCGGCAGUGGUGUAUUCAUGAAAACUGUUGAGCAAAUGCGAGUAAAUGUUGUAAAGCACUUUGUACGGGAUUCAUAUCACUAUUGUGCAGGACCUACUUUUCUAUCUUCCCA